AUGAAACCAUUAAGGUAUGCUCGCUUAAUAGCUGCACUUAUUAUAGCACUAUUGUUUUUCACUCAAUACCAUGUUGAUUCAGUGCAAGGAGCUACCACCACAUGUUUUGGCCUAGCUAGCACCAAUGCAUUGGUAUGUUCAGGUUACGGAAGAUGUUCAGCCACAGAUGUGUGCACAUGUAACGAGGGUUACUAUGGUAAUUCUUGCAACAAGCAAUAUAGAAUUACAUCUCGAACAACAGUAUUUGGUAAGAAAGGAGAAAUAGGUAGCUAUUAUAAAGGAUUGAUUUUUAGUAGUACAGGAUAUGGUAUUUCAGAUGUUGAAGGAGAUGAAUUUCUAUACUAUAUUGAUGAAUCUCGUGUCCGUAAAUUGAACAUGAACACUGGUAUUUCUAGUAGUACUCGUAUGGGCGUUCCAGAUCCAGACCGUUCUUAUGCCAUCUCAAACAUUAAAUGUGUGCAAAGAAAAGGGAAAAAAUUCUGCUAUGCCAUUCAAGACAUCUCCUCUGUGUCGGUUUUCAUAUUUGGUCCAGACAGUUCGAUUAUGUAUAACACACCAUUCCAAUAUUCAGUUACAGUUCAAUACGAUCCGGUUCGUGACUGUCUCUUUUUGUAUAGUAGAACAACACUUUACCAACUCACAAACCUGGACAAUUUUAAUGGAACUAACUGGUCAGUGUAUAUCAAAUCAGUACCCACAGAUUAUAGUUGCUUUACUGUUACUACCAAUGGUGAUUUGCUUUUUUGUGAUUCUACUUAUAAAAAUCUUGUCAAACUCAAACAAGAUGGUACCAAAACCACUCUGGCCACUGGAAUGAACCAUUAUAAGGGAAUGUACAUUUCAAAUUAUAAUGAAAUAUUCUGGUAUGAAAAGGGAUUUAUGAAGAAAUUUGAUGGUACCACUUUCAAGACUGUAAUGACUUUAGAUUGUUCUGAUUAUGCAGAGUUUGGAUUGGGAAGAGAAAACAACACAUUUUACCAAAUAGAUAAUAAUGUGAUUGAAAAACUAGUUUAUGGAUUGACUUGUGUUGAUAAUAGGUGGAAAGGUGAUAAUUGUGAUGAAGUUGCUCUGUUUUGCAAUUCUGUCCCAUUCAAUGACUCGAAAGUUUGCUCUGGACAUGGUAGUUGUCAAACUGGAGAAGUGUGCAAUUGUAACUAUGGUUAUACUGGUACUGACUGCGAGUCACUCAUAAUUACAUGUUUUGGAGCAAGGGCUAGUAAUGGAGGUGUUUGUAGUGGUAGGGGAAAAUGCAUUGCAAAUGACACUUGUGUUUGUAAUGAUGGGUAUUAUGGAAAUAACUGUCAUGUUGACACUUGUUUUAAUAUUUUAGGAAAUAGUUCCAGUGUUUGCAGUGGUAAUGGUUAUUGCAGAGGAACAGAUAAUUGUAUUUGUUAUGAUGGAUUUGCAGGCCCACUAUGUAAUAAUACAGUUAGUACAGGAAUUACAUCAUUUAAAGUUUCAGAUUUUAACUUUCCAAUGCCUAGAGGAAAGUUUGUUUCAAACGAAUCACAUUUGAUUUAUCAUGACGAAACAACCCUAGAAGUGCUGGCAAUUUCUUUUCAAACCAAGGCUGUUAGUUUACUAGGUUACUUUACUCAAUCAACAGUAGAAGAAAUGCGCUAUUACAAUGGAAUAGUCUAUUUUAUUGAUAGUACCAAGAGUUUGAGAUUUCUUCCAGAGGGAGGAUUUACCCAAAAAAUUACUGGUUCUAUUACUGGUGCUUCCUAUUUGAAAACUGCAACAACGUAUGGAACUUUCACAGGUGAAAUUCAAACCUUUCAAGUUUGUUCACAAGGAAUUAUAUUUGUGGAGCAAAAUACUGGUAAAAUUUUUAAAUUGGUCUUUGAUUACAAAACAGGAGAAACUCAAUUUUUUCACAUUGCUGGUAAAGGUUAUACAGAAUCUGGAAAAUCAUGGAGUUUUAGCAAUGGUAAUGGAAAGCCGUUAGAUGCUACACUUGGGUACAUUAAUUCUCUUCUCAUCAAUGACAAUGGUGAUUUAUUUAUGGUGGAUACAACCAAUCAUGUUAUACGUCAGUUUAACCUAUUAGGAACCUCAACAAUUGCGACAACAGCUGGUGUAGGUACAUCAAAGGGAUAUUCUGGAGAUGGUAAGAGUGCAAAAUCAUCCUUAUUGAGUUUAAAUCUCAAUUCCACACUAUUGCACUACAAUGGUGCCUUAAUGUUCUUUGAUGGAGGAAAUAACCUUAUAAGAAAGGUACUGAAUGGAAUCUUGUACGAUGUUGCAGGUAGACAGACCCUUGGAGGAGCUGCAACAAUUGGUUUGGACAAUACCAAAACAAGUCUUUUACUCACCAAUCUUUUCAAGACUUCUCAAGGAGAUAUUGUCUUUAAGGACACGACAGGAAAAUACAUGGCUUUGGAUAUUUCUUUGAAAUGUGCUGAAGGAUUUACUGGAAGUAAGUGUGAUGAGCCAUUGAAAUGUGGUGGAAGAUCCUUCUUGGAUCCAAAUGUUUGUUCUAAAAGAGGUCCGUGUCUUUCUACAGGAGUAUGUGAUUGCCCUUAUGGUUGGACUGGAGAUAGUUGUGAAUUUGCUAUCUGUUUCAAUGUUGCUGCUAAUGAUGCUUCAUUCAUGUCUGUAGAUAUAAAAGUAUCAAGUGAAAAGGGAAGAUGUGAGGUAAAAGAGGUCAACUAUAACUUUUGA